AACUCAGUUUAUCCAUUUCGAUUUGGGGAUGAUGAUAUAACUCGCCAGAUAACCAUUACCUUCUAUACUGUUGCAAGCAACAAUGGCGUCCUCAGCUUUAGCCAAUUUCUUAUCCAUUUUCACACCAUUUAAGUCGCCACCACAGCCGGUCAAAGCUCCACCGUCGCACCUCUCACUCUCCACCGACUCCUCUUCCAACAACAAACAUGCCGUCACUUCCAAUUCCUCUUCUUCUUCAUCAUCGUCAGCUUCCAAUUCCUCUCUACCUGGUGAUUUGAUGUCGGUGGUUUGUCCGUCAUUCGCGUACGCUAACACGCUGUACUUCAGAUCGGCGUACAACGUUCAGGUAAUCGUGGAGGAUAACGAGCCUGAGGAGAAGCUGCUGGGACGGUUCCGUAGGGAAGUUAUGAAGGCUGGAGUCAUUCAGGAGUGUAAGCGUCGUAGGUAUUUUGAGAAUAAACAGGAGGAGAAGAAGCGGAAGCAUCGUGAGGCUGCUAAGCGCAAUCGACGCAGACGUGGCCCAUUCAGAAACUUUAAUGAUGAAAAGACGGAAAGUGUGAACAAGAAGAAGGAUGACGAUAACGAUAACUGGGAAAUGCCUGAAGACAGUCCUCUAAAUUGAGUCGGGAAAAUGCUUUUGAUUCCUGCAAGUCAUCACUUGCGAAACUGUGUUAUGAUCUUACGAUGUACUGCGUAUAUUUGUUGUUUAGAAACUAAAUCCCCGGAUGUAUUGUUUAAUUUAGUGUAUUACCCCUGUUUAUGAGAAAAAAAAAACAUAACAUAUGCUCUUUUGUUAUUUGGUACAAGAAAGCGAGAAACUGGUCA